AUGUUUCAACCUCCAAUUUCACACUAUAGUGCAAUCUCUCCACUUUUCUUUGAGUAUCAUUUUUGUAGUUGCUUUAAACAUCCUUUUAGGCUCGUCUUGCUUCUCGAUAUUGAUCCUAACGCCUUCAAUUAUCCACAAGCUCGUUGGUGGGCAAGAAUUAAAGCUACAUUGGGACAGAGAAUUAACAUAGAGGGAAUUUCAUUUUCUAUUGGGAUUUUGUAUAAAGAUAAGCAUUUGGCAAUUCCACAUGUGUUUGUGCCAGAUAUAAGGUACGUUGAUUGGAAUGAGCUGAAGAAAAGGGGAUUCGAAGGCGUAGUUUUUGAUAAACACAAUAAUAUUACUGUGACUUAUUCUUUGAACUUGUGGUAUCCUCUUCCUUCAUCUAUGGAACAGUGUAAAUCUUUGUUUGGCAACAAUAUUGCUUUUUUUAGCAACUCCGGAGGUCUCUCUAAAUAUGAUCUGGAUGGUAGAAAAUCCCGGAUUCUUGAGCGUGCCAUCGGGAUUAAAGUCAUUAGGCACAGAUUGAAGAAGCCAGCUGGAACAACUGAAGAAAUUGAAAGGCAAUUUGGUUGCAAAUCCUCGGGAUUUAUUAUGGUAGAAGUGGUGGGUGAUCUAUCUUUCACAGAAAUAGUUUACGGAAACAGAAAUGGGUUUCUUACUAUUUUGGCAGCCCCAUUAAGUCUCUCACACGAGCCAUUUAUUGUGAAGCAGGUGUUUGAUACACCUGGAGUUGUCAUAAUACCAAUUAAGCUCACCGGAUUGGAAAAUUAUGGGCUAUGGAGUCAGUUGAUGAAAUUGGCUUUACGAGUUGCUGCUGAGUUGAUGCCUAGUAUUUUGUAUUGUACGAGUGCUAAGCAAGUUUGGCUUGAUUUUAAGGAACGUUUUGAUCGCUCAAAUUUGACGAGAGUUUAUCAUCUUUGGACAGAAAUCAUGAAUCUGCGACAAGAUGGUGCUUCCUCUUCAUCCAUGGGACAUUUUUUCUCUGAGCAACAAUAUGAUCAAAUGCUGGAUAUGAUGGGCAAAGAUAAAUCACCUGAGUAUUCUUCAAAUCUGGCAGGCAUAACUGCUUUAUUGUCCAAUGCUUUUGUAUCUGAAUGGAUAGUGGAUUCAGGUGCUACCCAUCACAUUACACCUUUUAGGGAACUUCUUCACUCACUUAAAAGUUUGCAAGAUGAUCUUUCUAGUAGAGUACAGGUUCCAACAGGUGCAAAUACACAAAUAAGCAGUGCAGGCAAGGCUGUUUUUAUAGUAGAUCAUGAGUUGAACAAUGUGUUGCAUGUUUCGGAAUUUAAGUUCAAUCUCAUCUCAGUAUCCAAGUUAAUCAAAGAGUUGUGUUGUGCAGUUAUUUUUUUCCCUAAUUUCUGUGUCUUUCAGGCACUCUCUAAUGGUAAGGUCUUGGGGAUUGGUAAAAAAAGAGAAGGCUUAUAGAUUUUUCAGGACUGCAUUAGAUCUACAGCUGUUGCAACUGCAGUUUUCAACACCAAUAUAGAAGACACCAUAUGGCACUAUUGAUUGGGAAAUCCUUCAGGAGCUGCGAUGCAACACAUCUCAUCUUUACCUAGGAAAGUUCAUUCUCAGAUUCAUAACAAUUGUGACAUCUGUCAACUUGCCAAGCAGCAUAGAUUGAAAUUUCCUGUUAGUUCUACUAAAGCUUUAGCUUCUUUUAAUUUAGUUCACUUGGAUGUAUGGGGUCCCUACAAGAAACACACCUAUGAUAUGAAGCAUUCAUUUGUGACAUAGGUAGAUGACUUUAGCAGAUACACUUGGAUCUAUUUAAUUCAGUCUAAAUCUAAAGUUUUUAGUGUGUUGCAACAUUUCAUUUCCUUAAUAUGAAAUCAAUUUGGUGUA